AAUUAUGCGCUAUUGCAGAAGAGCUAAAAACCCAUCAUUUUAUAAAGCACAGUGUUCUUUUUAAGAUUUGUAAGAACUGACUCGCUGAAAAGACUUCCUUUGAUUAUGCAGAAAAAAAUAGUGUCGCUUUGAUCUGAAUUGAAGGUGCAUUGUUAUGUUUAUGAGCAGUAUCUUUUUCUGAGAACGUGACAUGAAGAAUAACAGGUGAGCCAUGAAAUCGCAUUAUAAUCUGCUCGCUGCGAUCGGUCACAGGAACAGGUAUAGACCAUGAUGUACACCGUUACCUAACCUUGGCAUAAUUUAUCGCUUGGGUAAUUUUCCGUUUGGAUGUUGUGUUGACGACGCAAUUGGUGUGAUAACCACCAUAUAAGAAUCCGAGAUAUUAGUAUCUAGAAGCUAUCGAAGGAAGCGCUGCUCUGGGAAAAUAAACAUCGCUCAGAGAUUAGUUAUGUUUUAUGCCUAAACACAAUGAGCAGUGUGGAAAAUCUUGUGAUGGAAUCGAUGCAAAUACGGUACACACGUUCUACGCGAACUUGGAGGAUUGUUGCAGUGGUGGCGUGUAUUAUUGCGAUUGUCAUGACGGCUUUGUUCCUUUGGCAGGUUUUAAAAAAUGAUGAAGAAUGUGCAAAGUGUGGAAAUGGUUAUGACAGAGCUCCCCCGAAGAAGAGCGAACCGGAUACGUAUGGCUCACCUUGCCCUAAAACACCAGGAAAGCUAAUGGCCUUAUCUGAGAAACUACCGGAACAGCUCUCUACGGGGUUGAAGAAGAUCGCUGAUUAUAUAAGCUCUCGUGUUAACAAGACAGUAAACCUUCCUGCAAUAUCGGCUAAUAUCUUCUAUCAAGAUCGUACUCUGUUGAGUCUUCAUAAAGGAACUAAGGUCACAACACGCGAAGACAUACCCGACGAUCAAACCAUUUACCGAAUUGGUAGCGUCACGAAAGUAUUCGUAGUGCUUAUGGUGUACAAGUUUUACGAGGAAGGCCUGAUAGAUUCCCUCGACGAUCCGUUGAGCAAAUACGCUCCAGGAUUUUACAUUCAAAACCCUUUUACUGGAGAAAACGUGACGAUAAGACAGAUAGCAAGUCAAAUGUCGGGGCUACCUCGAGAGGCGCCAUGUUUCUUUAUUUGCCGUAAUGAUACUUCGGAAGAGCAGUUACAACUUCUUAAGAACCGCAGUCUCAUACUGCCUCCAGGAUCCAUGCCGUCUUACAGUAACCUUGGAUACGCCUUGCUCGGGAGAUUGCUGUCUGAGAAUCUCCUACAGAAUCAAACGUUUGAGACUUGGGUGAAAGAAAACAUUCUGAAACCUUUAAAUAUGACACGCACAGGAUUUGAAAUCACAGCGGACGUGCAGCAAAACAUGGCAUUUCCGUAUUCGCCAAACGGAGAAAUAAUGCAUUUCAUGAAUAUUUAUUGGGUUGCACCUGCUGGCCAAAUGUAUUCAACGCUCGAGGACAUGACGAAGCUCGGAAUGACACUUGCACAACCGUCAAAACAAACCCUAUUCCGGCCGGCGUCGCUCUGGGAUAUGAUGUCCGCUGCGGAUAUCGCCCCGGAUGGGACCACCAUUUGGGGGGCUCCAUGGGAGAUGGAACUCCAGGAACAUUUUAUAGUUCGGCAAAAGGGUGGAGUCAUUGACUCUUACGAAGCAUACCUCUCGGUCGUUCCUGAGUUACAGCUGGGGGUAAAUCUGUUCAUAAGCACAUUUCAUUUCGUCAAAGGAGGGCCAUCUAUAUCUAAUAGAAUGAUUCACGACAUCUAUAAAAUUCUUCUUCCAGUCAUGAACCAAACUCUGGUUGAUCUGGAGGGUUCGUCCAAAUUUCCAGUGGAUCCGAAGCCGUACAUCGGAAACUAUUCCGUAAACAUUUCAGAUGUGCUUUCACAUGAGGUGACCACAUACUCGGUGGAGAUUACAGUUCAAGAUGACGUCCUUCAAGUACGCUUUAUCAAUCCUCCAUAUCAGAACUUCCACAUUGUAUACAUUGGAAAUAAAUUGGUUUUCCAAGCAGAAUUUAAAUGGCCUUCUUCUUCGUGUUUUUCUGAAAGGAUGGGUAGUUAUGACGACUUACACUUUUUAUCUUUCGAGGAGAAUGGCGUUUCGCCCGGUUUCAAAGUCCCUGGGAAAGCGAUGAUAGCAACUCGCGUUUCAUAAUGCCGUCGCGAAGAGACAGCUUAUCAUCAAGGAAAAAUUUGGAUUUUUUUUUAAGUUCGUCAUUUUAAUCUGCUGUUAUCCUCUCCUUUCCAGAGUCAUUUUUGUCUCUGCUUGUUAUAUUAGAACCCUUAUUGCUGAUGUAAUAUAUUGUGGUCUCCUUCGAGUGGGGGAUUUUUCAAGGCGCAAAUAUCUGUAGUGCCUUAUUACUUUAACGAUAAAAGUCUACCGUAGUUCAUGCGCGUAACAGCAUUUUAUCAGUAAUACUAUCAUUAUUAUUAAUAUUGUUAUUAUUAUCAUUUAAUAAUUUUCGAUCGCUGAACAUGAUCAUAUUAAGAGCUUAAAUGUGGAAAUUUGUAAACUGUAUUCACGAUAGUCAACGACACAGUUGUGUCAGUAUGCGCAAAACUUCCUUUGUUUACAUCAUUGCAUUAUACUUCAAUUCUUGAAUGUUCUCUCCACUUAACCGUGAAGGCGCGAAGAUUGAGAACUCAUUAAAGGACUGUAAAUACAUGGAAAAACUGUUGAUUUAUCAUUGACAUUAUCGAGCAGUUGUGCAAUAGUUCUCCUGAGAAUAUUCAAUACUUGAC